UUUUGAAAAACUGUUUUUCAUUCGAUUUUUUUUGCGGGUUUGUUUGAAAAGAUUUUUGUUUUGUUUUUUUUGUUUGAUGAUCAACAAAAUCAUUUAGAAUGGAUACAAUUGACGAGGAAACAUUGAAAAUGAUUGAAGAAAAGCGACAAAAAGCUAUUGAAUUAUUGAAAAGAAAACGAGAGCAGCAGCAACAACAACAACAAGAGCAACAGCGGGCAAAUUCUGUAAAUAAUCAGCCCGAUGAUGGUAAAUCAACAUCGAAAUAUUUUCGUACGGAAAAUGAAAAACGACCGAUGAAUAAUGUAUCGAAUUCAAAUUCAAAUCAAAAUGCUCAACCAAAUUCCUUUACACAACUAAAUGAUCGAAAUAAAUCGACCAAAACGAACGGAAUUGCAUCAUCGACAUCAUUACCUUCGAAACCACCGAAAAGAACGAUAAAAAUGUCUGUAAAACUUUUGAAUAAAUCACGUUUUCAUGUUGAAUUCACUUAUGAAGAAGAAAUUAUCAAAAAAUUUAAACAUUAUGAAACAAGACAAUAUGAUCCGAUCAAAAAAACAUGGUCAUUUUCAUUGACAGAAUUUUCCCGAUUUAUGACCGAUAUGAAAGAAUUGAAUGGUAAAAAUAUUAUGAUUGUUUUUGAAAAAAGUUUAUCCGAAUCAUUGAUAAAAAUAUUGAUUGAAAAUCAAAAUAUGCGUAAAUUGAAGAUUGAUUUAUCGGAAAAAUUGGACGAUGAUUUUUUAUCAAAACUUUAUCCAUAUCAACGUGAUGGUAUUAUAUUCGGCGUACAACGUAAUGGUAAAUGUUUAAUAGCCGAUGAUAUGGGUUUAGGUAAAACAAUUCAAUCAAUCGGUAUUGCUAAAUGGUUUCGUAAUGAUUGGCCAUUAAUAAUUAUUUGCCCGUCAUCAUUGCGAUAUCAAUGGAAAGAAAAAUUGUUAGAAUAUUUCCCGGAUAUUAAUGAAUCGGAUAUUUUUAUUGCAACCAAAGUAAAAGAAAUAUUUCCACGUGUAUCAAUUACCAUAACUAGUUAUGAUUUAAUUGUACGAAUGAAAGAUCGUUUAACAAUUGAAACUAAUCGAUUUUAUCGAAUGAUUAUAAUGGAUGAAUCACAUUAUAUUAAAUCGGAUGAUUCACAACGAACAAAUGUUGCAACACAAAUUGCCCAAUCAUGUAAUCGAAUAAUUUUGUUGACCGGUACGCCGGCACUUUCUCGGCCAAUCGAACUAUUUCCCCAGGUCAAUCUGAUUGCACCGGAACUUUUUCCAUCCAAACAUACAUUUGGUCAAAGAUAUUGUCAGGCAAAACAGCAAACAUUUUUUCGUAAUGGUCGAUCGAUGAGUGUUUGGAAUUAUAAAGGUGCUGAUAAUCUGGAUGAAUUACGUAUAAUUUUGGAGAAUACAAUUAUGAUACGAAGAUUGAAAAAAGAUGUUCUCAAUGAAUUACCAACGAAAAAACGUGAAAUGUUUUUAUUAUCAAUGGAUCAUUUAACGGAAAAAGAACUUGCAGUAUUAAAUUAUCACAAAGGAAUAACUAAAAAUUCAAAACAAAAUAAUCAACGUCAAAUGGUUGCAUUUGAAUGGUUUCAUAAGACGGCCGAACUUAAAAUACAGGCUGUCAAUGAAUAUUUGAAAGAAUUAGUGAACAAAACAGAUGAUGAUACACAAAUAAUCUGUUUUUGUCAUCAUUCAAUAAUGAUGAAUGCUAUUGAGGACAUGUUAAAAAAAAAGAUUAGUUAUAUUCGUAUUAAUGGUACAAUAAAUGCAAAAAAUCGUCAACAAGCAUGUGAUACAUUUCAAAAUGAAAAAAAAUAUAAAGUUGCUUUAUUAAGUUUAACUGCUUGUGCAACUGGAUUGAAUCUAACAUCAGCAUCGAUUGUUAUAUUUACAGAAUUAUAUUGGACACCGGGUGUUUUAGCACAAGCUGAAGAUCGUGCACAUCGUAUUGGUCAAUCAAAAAAUGUUGAUGUUAUUUAUCUUGUUGCAAAAAAUACAAUGGAUGAAAUGUUAUGGCCAAUGUUAAGUAAAAAAUUGGAAACACUUAAUAAAGCUGGUCUUAGUCGUGAUACAUAUGAUGGUACAUUUAAUCCAUUGGAUAUGGCCGAUGAAAAUCAAUCAUUAUUAACAGAAUUUUUCAAUUAUUUAGAUAAUGAAAAUAAUCUGAAUGAUAAUCCAACUAUUGAAACUUCGAAACAACCAGCUAUUGAAUCUAUGUUGAAAAAAAUUUAAACAAAAUUGUCAUUUUUGAAUAAAAAAUCCUCGUUUUUCCUUUGUUUUUUUUUACAUUAAAAAAAAUCCAAUGCGUAUUCAUUUUACAACCAGAAAAAAACCCAAAACAAAAAAAUCCAAUGUACACACACCAUGUGGAUUGCAAUCCUUUUAUCAUCAUCACCAACCAACCAAUCAUCGUUUUGGUCGAGGAAAGGAAUGACCUCGAAGUACGGAAAAUAAUAGCUAUUUUUUUGCUAUCUCUCUUUCGUUUUGGCCCAUAAGCAUCAUGCGCGUUUGAUUCAAACGUUUUUUUUUACGUAAAUGAUGCGUAUUUUUCAACAGCA